GUUUCUGCAAUCUUUCGGUGCCGUAUGGGAAUUGUAUCUACUAUUCCAAUACUAAUUUUUUUCACGUUACAUGGAAGUAUCGUCAUUUAUGACAAAUGCCGUUCAGCGUAUGAACUACUUAUAUUGCGGGGUCUACAAUGCGAGUCGCAAAGUCGUAAUCGUAAGUAUAAUUGACUGCGAUUGGUCAAUUCCGUCAGACACGCAAUCGUGUCACUGAUCGUGCGCACAAUGCACGUAGGAAUUUCACAAAUACGUGAAAGGGAUGUGCCGCUGGCGUAGACAAGAGACUGAAGGAAACAAAAGGAUAACGUGAAAUAAGAUGCAUCCGUACUGGAUUUUCUGCCGCAGGAUUGACACGAGAAAGUAUAUACACUCCCACACUACAGUCGAGUCCGCUCCGUUCGUCUAACGCGUCAGACGAAUUAAGAUAACUAACAUUGUCCCUCCACAGUCCCGACUAACAAUACAGCUCGUCAUGGGUGAGCGAAAGCGUCAAAGUGUUAAUUUGCUCCCUUUCCGGCACGGCGACCGUGCGCCCCCGUAAAGCCUUCGCCCUACCACCCUCGCGAAAGUUUAUUAAUACAGAUUUAGAGAGCGGGCGGAGCUAUUUUGGACCUGCCUCCGCUGCCCGUCCUCAGAUUUCCCCAACGAUCCCGAUGUUGACAGUCUGCCCAGCGGCUCCGGCGCGUCCCGGAGCCGCUCCGACUAAUCCUGUGUUUCGAACAUGGACCCAGAUCCCGUAGAGAUGGCGAACGAGGUCCAGCACAAGAACAUACUCCACUGGAACUACCGGGGUCUCGCGGAGCUGCCGGAGGUGAUAAGACUGCACGGCGCUCACCUCCAAGAGAUAUACCUCAAGUGGAACAAGCUCACCACUCUGCCGCCCUGGAUCGCGGAGCUGUUCAACGUGACUAACUUGUACCUGUACGGCAAUCAGAUUGAACAGUUGCCCGCGCAAUUCGGCGAGAUGAGCCAGUUGAUGGUGUUGGACCUGAGCGCCAACAAUUUGCAGCUGAUACCUGCCUGCCUCGGCAGUCUGAGCAAUCUGAAAUUCUUAUUCUUGAACAACAAUUCCAUAAAGAGGCUGCCGGUGGAAUUAGGCCAACUGAAUAAUCUGGAGAUGCUGUGUCUCUCGGGCAACCAGAUUGUCGCAUUGCCGGAAUGGGUUGGCUCUCUCCCAAAGCUUAAAGAGCUGUACGCGGAUAAGAAUCAACUGAGGGAAUUGCCCAACAGAUUGACCCUGGCCCCUGAGCUCGUCGUGAUCUCUGUGUGUUCAAACAGGUUGACAUAUUUGCCAUUGAACGGAUUCUUAUCGAAUCCCUGUAUUCGAUUCGAUGGAAAUGAAUACUUGAAUUACAUGUCGUACCCGCUUCUACAACAACUUCUAGAAAUGAGACUGUCCCCAGACACCUACGACAGAGACUUCGUUUUGGCAUCCGGAUGUUUUAAGACGCAUUAUGACACAAAUGUGUUAAGCACAAAUAUAAAAUUGUACAUAAAGACGAAGGAUCUUCCGAUGAAUCACGAUACCAUAAUCGAAUUACCACGGCAGUUGCUAAAGGUUCACGAGGUCCGCGAGAACGUGACUUGCUCCCUGUGGGAAUUGGCGCUGAGAAAAGUUUAUGCCGAGAGGUAUAAGCACACGCUCGACAUUCUCAAAAAUAACUGUGUAACGGUACUCUACGAACCGCUUCUUAAAAAUACCAAACUGGACCUUACAUUGUCUGCGAACUACACUCUGUACAAUUUACUAACGAACGGACCCACUAGUAUCUGCGUGAAUUCUCAAUGUCAGCAGCCGAUAUUCACGGAAGCAUGGAUCAUUAUCGAUGUCUAUGACCCCACAAUAUGGUGCACAAUAACGAUCGCUCUAUGUUGUAGCAGAAGUUGCGCCAUUGAGUUCGCGCACUCGAGCGCGACUAAUACUCGUGAUUGGUACCGCAUCAAUUGAUGAGCCCUUCCUACUAGGUAUCUAAUUAAUCCACUUUUGUACAUAGACACCAGGAGAAUAAAGAAUUCUUGCGCGUUCAACUGAAA